UGGGGGAGGCGAGGGCCUGUGAUAAAAACAUCGCGUGACAGGACGCACCACGGAAAGACUAAAGCUUUAUUAAACAUAAUCCUCAGCAGAACAAGAACAAAGGCAUGCAACGACAGUAGUAGAAGCAAGAACGUCCUCCCCCUACGUCCGUAACUGAAGACAAGAGAAGUAGAGUGCAGUGACAGCUCACCUGAUUGAGGAAGGGGAGGAGGGGCAGGGAGUCACGGUGAGAGCAGCACCACCCGCCACCCUGUCGCUGUCAUGCCCCCAACCGAGGACCGCUGGUUGGUUGACUUCAAUGCAGUGGAAGGAUUGGUGCGGGAGUUGACGGAGACUGUCACAAAGAGGCGGCAGGUGUCUGUGGGGACCGUACAGCAUGCACUACUCUCCAACAAGUUGAGGACAGCCAUCCCACAGGUGGAUACACAAGUCAGUGACCUGAUCACUCGUCUUGACUCAUGGGAGCUGCGUAACCUUACCCCACAAGAGAGGGAGAGGAGACUCCGGCUGUGCGAGAGACUCAAGAGUACAGUCAAGAAGGCACACAUGGACUUCACUGAAAAAAAGGAACCUGGUGGGGCACCUCAGGGUGCAGGGUGGGGCUGGGGUGUGGAGGAGGAGGAAGGGGAGGACACCAGGCACCUCACCACCAGCCAGAUGAGAGAGGAGCAGCAGCGCCUCAUCCAAGAGCAAGACCGGGGCCUGGAGGCCUUGUCCACUGUUGUGUCACACCAGCGAAGGAUUGCAUCAGCCAUUGGUACUGAGGUGGAGCAGCAGAAUGAGAUCCUGGAUGACAUCACGCAGCGCACAGACAACACCAGGAACCGCUUGGUGGACGAGACCGGCAAUGUCUCCGUCGUCACCAGGAAGGACCGCACCUGGCCAUACUGGUUGGUGAUAGUAUUGCUCUUCGUGGCCAUCAUUAUUGUGGUGGUGUGGUAGACGAACCUUCCCUCUCCUGCUGCCCUAAGCCCUCCCUGUGGAAUGCUUCAUGAGGGAGGGAGUAGGGAAAUAAGAGUUACCACUGCAUUCAUCCUUCAUUUUCACAUAUCCUCCUCCUCCAGCAUUCCAGGAUCCACUUUUAAGACUGUGAGUGGAGACAUGAUGUAGCCUGGUAUGUAUUUUUCUUGUUAAAGAGAAAGAGAUGUGGUCAUGUCUGUCCAUUUUCCUUUCUCUUUCUUAUACUGUGUACCUCCUUGCCUCCUGGAAUUCUUUCCCCACAAUCUUAUUUCCCAUCCUCAUACAUUGAAAUAUCAGUGUGCAUGUUGCUCCUGCACACUCAGGAAUAUGGGUGUCACUUAAGGGUCCAAUAUCCUGCAUUACACAAAUAUCAGACAACUUCUCAUCACUUAAUUUUGUGGCAAGACUUGGAGUUUACAGCAUCUCACUUACAUUGGAACACAUCUACCAUACCGAGUGUCUCGCUUAUCUUAUAAAAGUAAAUUUUCAUAAUUUCACAUUAGGCUGAGUGAUCUUCCCUCUGCAUCUUGCUAUCAUUUCUGUUAUUGAUUUUUAACAUUACAACUUUGAGUAUCUGAUCUUUUAUCCAGUGUGACAUCUUGCCUAUUCUACACUCUUCCUGUUGAAAAGACAUUAGGAAUUCCAGGCAACAAAAUUUACUUGGUCAUUGUCAGACUUACACACUACAGAGUUCUUUGAACAACAGUAAUGAAUAUACUUAUGUGAUAAUGUAUGUUUAAUCCAUAUUAAAAGUCAUACAGCAUU